AUGCUACCAAGUGGGUUGAAAGAAACCCAACUCCGAGAGAGCAACAGCAACCAGAAGGUCCAUCCUCAACCAAUGGAAGAAUCAAUCAACCAGAAUCCAGAAGCUAUGGAAGCACUCAUCUCCAAUCUCUUUGGAAACAUCUCUUCUUUGAAAUCAGCUUACAUCGAGCUCCAAAGUGCUCACACGCCUUAUGAUCCGGAGAAGAUUCAGGCAGCUGAUAAAGUUGUCAUCUCUGAGCUCAAGAACCUUUCGGAGCUGAAGCAUUUCUACAGAGAGAACAACCCCAAGCCCGUGUGUGUCUCUCCUCAAGACUCUCGUUUAGCUGCAGAGAUCCAAGAACAGCAGUCUCUGUUGAAGACUUAUGAGGUUAUGGUGAAGAAAUUCCAGUCUGAGAUUCAGAACAAGGACUCUGAGAUCACGCAGAUGCUGCAGAAGAUCGAGGAAGCGAACCAGAAACGUCUCAAGCUUGAGAAGAAUCUUAAGUUGAGAGGAAUGUCUACAAACGAAGCUUCUUCUGGUGGUGGAGAUGGCAAUCUGCAGUUUCCUGACUUAACCACCGAACUCUUUGUAUCUACCUACGAGGCUGCUUCGAAAGCCGUGCACGACUUCUCCAAGCCGCUGAUCAACAUGAUGAAAGCUGCGGGAUGGGAUCUUGACUCUGCAGCAAACUCCAUCGAGCCUGACGUUGUUUACGCCAAGAGGCCUCACAAGAAGUACGCUUUUGAAUCAUACAUAUGCCAAAGAAUGUUCAGUGGGUUUCAGCAGAAGAGUUUCUCAGUAGAUUCAGAGAGUGUUGUGGGGGAUGAUGAUGACACAGAGAGCUUCUUCAGCCAGUUUCUUGCUUUAAAGGACAUGGAUCCUCUAGAUGCUCUAGGUACGAAUCCGGAUUCAAAUUUCGGCAAGUUCUGCAGGAGCAAGUAUCUCAUCUUGAUCCACCAAAAGAUGGAAGCUUCUUUCUUUGGGAAUCUAGACCAGCGUGACUACGUGGCGGGAGGUGGACAUCCGAGGACUGCGUUUUACCAGGCAUUCUUGAAACUGGCGAAGUCGGUAUGGAUCUUGCACAGGCUUGCGUACUCGUUUGAUCCAGCGGCGAAGAUAUUCCAAGUGAAGAAGGGAAGUGAGUUCACUGACUCGUACAUGGAGAGUGUUGUGAAGAACAUAGUUGUGGACGAGAAAGAAGAGAACCCAAGAGUUGGUCUUAUGGUCAUGCCUGGGUUUUGGAUUGGUGGUAGUGUGAUUCAAAGCCGAGUUUACGUUUCAGGUGUGAAGGUCGUUGAGUGA